UACCUCCAUCACAGAAAGAUGUCUUGCUCCAGCCUGUCCUAUCCAGAAUGCGGGGUGGCCCGUCCCAGUCCAGUGUCUGGCAGCUGCAAUGAGCCGUGCGUUAGGCAGUGCCCUGACUCUGAAGUGAUCAUCAGACCAUCACCAGUUGCCGUAACCCUCCCAGGACCAAUUCUCAGCACUUACCCUCAGCAGAGUGAAGUGGGAGCUGUUGGAGCACCUGUGGUCGGAUCUGGCUAUGGAGGCUCAUUCGGUUUGGGGGGAUUGUAUGGCUAUGGAGGCCAUUAUGGAGGAUUGUAUAGUUACAGGGGAUUAGGUGGUUAUGGGGGGCAUUAUGGCUAUGGUGCACUGGGUGGUUAUGGGGGACUGUGUGGUUAUGGGGGAGGUUAUGGUUACAGGGGAUUAGGUGGUUAUGGAGGAUUAUGCGGUUAUGGGGGAUAUGGCCGUAGGUAUAGCGGUGGAUACUGUGGGCCAUGUUAA